UCUUAAAGCAGCGAAGUGUUCUCUACUAACUGAGAUAAUGAAUUUUGUAACAUUAGGAUUUUUAGCGAAAAUAAUAAUUUCCUUUGGAUACGACAACUUAUCUUACAAUCGCUCCGCAACCCAAACACUCACAUGGUUCUGUACCGAUACUUGUAAAGAUUACACAGCCGACAAUGCAGUGGAUGGCGAUAUGACGUCAUGUACAAAAACAAAAGUAAUACGUCCUUUCACCUAUUCGGAUAAUGUGGUCAAGUGGUACGUCGAUCUGGGCAGCAUUCUGAGCAUAUAUAAUGUAAGGAUACAGUUCAAAGGGUAUGGAUCUACAGAACUUGACCGACAACGUGGACGAUUUGCCGGAUUUUCUUUGUUUGUCUCUAAUACAUCUGAAAUAGGAGAUGGAUAUGCCUGCUACAAUAACAAGACAGAAAUUCCUCCACUUGAUUUCACAACAACCUGUAUCAAAAAUGGACGAUUCAUCAUCUACGUCAAUGAAAGACAUCCAAGGACAAAUUACCCUGUUGGAUACCAUGAAGAUUCCUAUACAGAAUUAUGUGAAGUAACUGUAAAAGGUUGUAAAAGUUCAGGAGUUUUUGGCAGUAAUUGCUCCCUCCCAUGCCCUGUUAAUUGUCAAAGAUGUCACAUUGUCAGUGGUAUCUGUCUUGCAUGCACGUCUGGGUGGAAGGGAACAUUUUGUAAUCAAAAAUGCAUGCAUGGUUUUUAUGGAGUGGAAUGCUCCUCACAUUGCUCGGAACAUUGUGUUCACAAUCAAUCCUGUAACCAUAUUGACGGUAAAUGUAUUAAUGGGUGUGCAGCUGGGUGGGAAGAUGAAAGAUGUGACAGAGCAUGUUCACAUGGAAGAUACGGUGAGAACUGUGCGAUAAAUUGUAGUGGAAAAUGUUUGGAUAACAAACCCUGUGAUGGAGUUACUGGCGUAUGUGACACUGGUUGUGAACCAGGGUUCUCUGGGGAUCUUUGUGCCACAGAAUGUGAAUCAGGAUUCUAUGGCGGGAAGUGUGCAAAAAAAUGUAAUAUAAAUUGUAACGGAAGUUGUGAUCACGUGAGCGGAGAUUGUAAAUCUGGUUGCAAGGCUGGGUAUUUUGGCUUGAAAUGUAAUGACGUAUGCGACCACAGUUGGUAUUGGUACAACUGUUCUAAAAGAUGCAAUAUAAACUGCUUUAAUCAGUCUUGUCACCAUGCAACUGGUACUUGUGACCUUGGAUGUACACCAGGUUGGAUGGGCCCAUUCUGUUCCUCAGAGUGCAAAACAGGAUUCUACGGCAGAAAGUGUGAAGAAGAAUGCAACGUCAAUUGUAACGGAAGUUGUGAUCACGUGACCGGAUAUUGUAAUAGUGGAUGUAAAGCUGGAUAUCUAGGAUCAAAAUGUGAUAAAGUGUGCGACCACAGUUGGUAUUGGUACAACUGUUCUGAAAGAUGCAAUUUAAACUGCUUUAAUCAGUCUUGUCACCAUGCAACUGGUACUUGUGAUCUUGGAUGUACGCCUGGUUGGAUGGGCCCCUUCUGUUCCUCAGAGUGCAAAACAGGAUUCUACGGCAGAAAGUGUGAAGAAGAAUGCAACGUCAAUUGUAACGGAAGUUGUGAUCACGUGACCGGAUAUUGUAAUAGUGGAUGUAAAGCUGGAUAUCUAGGAUCAAAAUGUGAUAAAGUGUGCGACCACAGUUGGUAUUGGUACAACUGUUCUGAAAGAUGCAAUUUAAACUGCUUUAAUCAGUCUUGUCACCAUGCAACUGGUACUUGUGAUCUUGGAUGUACGCCUGGUUGGAUGGGCCCCUUCUGUUCCUCAGAGUGCAAAACAGGAUUUUACGGCAGAAAGUGUGAAGAAGAAUGCAACGUCAAUUGUAAUGGAAGCUGUGAUCACGUGACCGGAUAUUGUAAAAGCGGAUGUAAAGCUGGAUAUUUGGGAUCAAAAUGUGAUAAAGUGUGUGACCACAGUUGGUAUUGGUACAACUGUUCUAAACGAUGCAAUAUGAAAUGCGUUAACCAAUCUUGUCGCAAUACAGAUGGAACAUGUGACCUAGGCUGCAAUCUUGGAUGGAGGGGAUCGAACUGUUCACAGGCAUGCAUUUCUGGAACCUUUGGUAAAGAUUGCAGAGAGCGUUGUAGUGGACAUUGUUUGAAAAAUGAAAGUUGUAAUCACGUGACAGGGAUAUGCGAAAAUGGCUGCUCAGCGGGACAUCAUGGCUCAUUUUGUAAUUUAA